AUGCGGAACAGUUACAACGAGAACAGUAAUUCACAAACCAUGAACUCGACACUUAAUGCGUCAUUGCCACUAUCAUCAUCAACUUGUUCAUUGCAAGCGCGUGUAUAUUCGUCGGAAUAUCUAUUCAUUAAAUUGUUAAAUGCAACUUAUUUACGUUUACUCAUUGGUCCGGGUAUUUUGUUAAAUACACUUUGUCUGCUUGUUCUCUCUCGUCCGCGUAUAUCGAAUAAAUCUACGACUAUUGUUUUCCUACGUUUUCUCGCCGUGUUCGAUAUUCUGGCGAUUACAUUGAAAUACAUUCGCGCAGAAAUCAACUAUCAGUCGACCGAAAAAGGUCAUCAAAUCUUCCUCUUGAUUCCAUCGAUUUGCAAGACAUUGUACGUUCUUAUGAACUCCAGUAUCUCGAUCGCAAUGUGGACAAUUGCAUUAAUGAGUUUAGAUAAGGCAGUUGCUGUUACUUAUCCAUUCAAAUCGGGGAUAUGGGUCACGACUCGACGAGCUGUAUAUAUCUGUUGUUUGACAAUCAUUGUACUUUUAUUGGCUAAUCUUGCGUUUAUAAAACUAUCCGGAAUUCGAAUGGCGAAAAAUCACCGUAAAUACUGUGGACUAAUCGAUGACUUAUUUAUUGUCGAUCUUCUCACAGCUUCGAUUCUCCCGAUCGGGAUAAUCACAUUGACAAACAUCGUUAUUGCCGUUGUUCUACACCGUGAUUCGAACGUUUCCCUCGAUUCCAAAGUAUCCGAUGAAAGUCCGAGACGUGAAACCGAAUCACAACUCAACGGUUCUCGAAUAUCAGUACCCUCGUUUCGUUUUCGUAGUUCAGCUAGUUCAUCCAUUACAACAACAGAUUUAGCCGUCGCUGCUAAACGGCGCGCAAGUGCUCAAGUCACGCGCAUGCUCCUAGCUGUGACACUGUCGUUAAUCAUUUGCAAUAUUCCAAACACACUUUUCUUCGUAUUCGUUAAAGAUACAAGACAAAUAUUGAAUGGACGCUUAUGUUCGAAUAUAACUGAUCAUGAAAUCACACUAUACAAAUUUGGCUUUUAUUCAAGUGUUCUACAAGACAUCCUGUCGGAUUUACCGCAUAUUUUUAAUUUCUUUCUCUAUUGUUUAGCUGGAAAGAAGUUUCGAAGUAUAUUUAUCAGUAAAGUGCGACAUGUCCUUUAUGAUCUUGGUUUGAUAAAAUCAAAAGAACGCCGUUUGACACAUAGCGCAUGUCCAUCCAAAUCUGACUAUACAUCGGAUAGAAUGCCUCGACAAAAAUCCAAUCGUUUAUCUUCAAUAAAAUCACGGAAAAGCAUCGAACUUCUACUGAAUGGUAGCACCUGUAAAACUGUGCUUAAUCGUGACGGUAGACACUUGUCCUUAUUGAGUAAUUCCGAGUUCGAUUCGGAUGGACAACGUGGACGAGCCUUCACUAGUCUACAAUAA